AAGAAGGACGAAGACGGAAGCCAAUAUAAUCCGCAGUUCAUCCACCUCGCCGCACUCACCCACGGAGAAAGCAAGGACAUGGGGCUAGUUCAGAUAGUGACAUAUUGAAGUAGCUAGCAGCACGUUAGCGUUGGUUUUCCCAUUAGUUUUAACCAGUUGGCUAACUAGCUAAACUCCGUUAGCAGUUGAUCAGAAUGGCGUUAAUCCUGUUGACGCGGUCUCGCACUCCGUUGAUGAAAACAUCUCGGUCGUUAAAGAGCGACUUCCGCAAAGGGAAGCUUCAAGAUGGCUCCUGUUUCAGCUGUACAUCUCUCAGACUCUCCAGUCAAAGUAGACUGGAUGGUGAUAGGCUGGUGGUCCGAGGUGGGAGCUUGGCUCCGCCCUCCUUCCUAGGCCCCUCGCUGCAUACGGCAUCAGACAGCUACAGGGUUCCAGGCCACGCCACAGACCACACCCCUUCUAUGAGGCUGUACUCUGCUGUAGUGGAAGGCUCCUCCUCUCUGUACCACCUGGGUGGUGGGUACCCACAGUGGACGGGAUCCUGGCGAGGGAGGGGGAACGUGGUCGGGGUACGGUGGAUCCACACCUCCAGAUGUCUCCGUGACGACUCUAAAGUAGAGAAGUCUCUCCGCUCUCUGAAGGAUAAGAACAAGAAGCUAGAAGAGGGCGGACCGGUUUACAGUCCGACAGUAGACCAUACCAUAGUCAGGAGAACUAUAGGACAACGUGUUCUGGACGAGGUUAAACACUACUACCAUGGCUUCCGACUGCUGUGGAUCGACACGACCAUCGCUGGACGCAUGCUGUGGCAGGUCCUCAACGGGCACCCCCUGUCCCGACGGGAGAGGAGACAGUUCCUAAGAACUUGCGCCGAUGUCUUCCGACUCCUUCCCUUCCUGGUGUUCAUCAUUGUGCCGUUCAUGGAGUUCCUGCUUCCUGUGGCACUGAAGCUCUUCCCCAACAUGCUGCCCUCAACCUUUGAGACGCAGUCCAAGAAGGAGGAGAGGCUGAAGACGGAGCUGCGUGUGAAGCUGGAGAUGGCUAAGUUCCUCCAGGAUACUGUAGAGGAGAUCGCUCUGAGGAACAAGGCAGCCAAGGGAAACGUCACGGAGGAGUUCUCUACCUUCUUUCAGAAGAUCCGUGACUCAGGGGAGCGUCCCAGUAAUGAGCAGAUCAUCAGGUUCUCGAAGCUGUUUGAGGAUGAGUUGACUCUGGACAACCUGACUCGUCCUCAGCUGGUUGCUCUGUGUCGUCUGUUGGAGCUACAGUCUAUAGGAACCAACAACUUCCUUCGCUUCCAACUCAUCAUGAAGCUUCGAGCCAUCCGUGCUGACGACAAGUUGAUAGCGGAAGAGGGGGUGGACACUCUGAGUGUGAAUGAGCUCCAGGCAGCCUGUCGAGUCAGAGGGAUGAGAGCUCUGGGAGUCACAGAGGAGAGGCUGAGAGAACAGCUCCAGCAGUGGUUGGAGCUUCACCUGAACCAGCACAUCCCCACCUCGCUCCUCCUCCUCUCCAGAGCCAUGUUCCUCCCGGAUACUCUCUCCCCUGCAGACCAGCUCAAGACCACCCUGCAGAACCUGCCUGACAUAGUGGCUAAGGAGGCCCAGGUUAAAGUGGCUGAGAUGGAGCUGUCCCAGGUGGACAACAAGACCAAGCUGGAAGCCACGCUGCAGGAGGAGGCAGCGAUACGUCAGGACAACAAGGACAGGGAGAUGGAGAGGCUGGCGGACGCAGCAGAGAGGACAGAAUACUCCCUCACUAGUGUGGACAUGGCUAAACACUCUGAGACACUACGAGACACAGCGCCUGUCCUAGAGGGCAUCAAGGGAGAGGAGAUCACUAAGGAAGAGAUAGACAUGUUGAGUGAUGCAUGUACCCAGCUGAAGGAACAGAAGAAGUUACUCACUCUGGAAAAGGAGGAGCUAGAGGACCUGAAAGAUGAUGUGCAGGAGUACAGCGAGGACCUAAAGGAGAUGAAGAAGGAGUUAUCUAAGACUGGCCAGGAGAAGGCCGUGCAGGAGAGUAAGGCCUCUCAGCGGCUCUCUAAGAGGGUCAACAGGAUGAUCGGUAGGAUAGGCAAGAUCAUCACCGAGCUGGAGCAGGACAAGGUGGUCCUGGAUGGACAGAUGGACAGACCAUCCACUCCUCCUAUUGGCCUUCUGUUUACCUUUAGGGAGAACCUGAUCAGUAUCAACGAGCUCAUCACCGUCAUGAGGCAGAUCCAGAACAUUCCAGAGCACAAGCUGCAGAGCAUCGCUGACGCUCUCGACGACAACAAGGACGGGAAAAUCGACAUUGAUGAUGUCAUCAAGUUGGUGGAGUUGAUUGACAAGGAGGACAUUGACAUCAACACCAGCCAGGUAGCAGAAAUCAUGGUGAUGCUGCAGAAGGAGGAGAAGCUGCAAGAGAAGGAGAAGGCCCAGAAGGAGCAGGCUGCUAAGUUAAAUAACUAGCCCACAGAAGAGGCUCUGCUUGGAGGAGGAAACCGCUUCCGAGAUGACGUAACUGGAGCUCAUCUCUGGACCCCAGACCGCCGUACACCCUGACCCUAAACUGACCCUGACCAGUCGACCAGCACCAUGAGCUACCAGCCACCCACUCUAAACAGUUUCUUCCAACAGAAUUAGAGGUUGACUUUUUGUUCAGAAAUUUGUUUCAGAAAGUCUUUUGUGCCCUUAAUGAACAUUAUCUCAACUUAUCCCAAAGUACCCCAAAAUUAUACUCAAACAACAUAGUCUUAGAAACAAAUGAUGUUUCUGGGACCCAAGCUAUCUAAUGGUAGUACUGGGACCCAACUAAUAGUAGUACUGGGACCCAGGCUGUCUAGUGGUAGUACUUGGUUAGAUAUGCUUUAUCUCAGCCAUGUGUGAAACUCCUUCCAGGAAAGGGUGAGUGUCUGGGUUUCCCCUCCAAUAAGGAACUCCCCUCACCUGGUUGUCUAGGUCUCAGUAAGGAACUCCCCUCACCUGGUUGUCUAGGUUACAGUAAGGAACUCCCCUCACCUGGUUGUCUAGGUCUCAGUAAGGAACUCCCCUCACCUGGUUGUCUAGGUCUCAGUAAGGAACUCUCCUCACCUGGUUGUCUCAGUAAGGAACUCCCCUCACCUGGUUGUCUAGGUCUCAGUAAGGAACUCUCCUCACCUGGUUGUCUCAGUAAGGAACUCCCCUCACCUGGUUGUCUAGGUCUCAGUAAGGAACUCUCCUCACCUGGUUGUCUCAGUAAGGAACUCCCCUCACCUGGUUGUCUAGGUCUCAGUAAGGAACUCUCCUCACCUGGUUGUCUCAGUAAGGAACUCUCCUCACCUGGUUGUCUAGGUUACAGUAAGGAACUCCCCUCACCUGGUUGUCCAGGUCUCAGUAAGGAACUCCCCUCACCUGGUUGUCUAGGUCUCAGUAAGGAACUCCCCUCACCUGGUUGUCUAGGUUACAGUAAGGAACUCCCCUCACCUGGUUGUCUAGGUCUCAGUAAGGAACUCCCCUCACCUGGUUGUCUAGGUCUCAGUAAGGAACUCCCCUCACCUGGUUGUCUAGGUCUCAGUAAGGAACUCCCCUCACCUGGUUGUCUAGGUCUCAGUAAGGAACUCUCCUCACCUGGUUGUCUAGGUCUCAGUAAGGAACUCCCCUCACCUGGUUGUCUAGGUCUCAGUAAGGAACUCCCCUCACCUGGUUGUCCAGGUCUCAGUAAGGAACUCCCCUCACCUGGUUGUCUAGGUUACAGUAAGGAACUCCCCUCACCUGGUUGUCUAGGUCUUAAUUGAAAGCAAAAAGCAAAAACCUGCAGAUACUCGACCUUACGUGGAAUGAGUUUGACACCCCUGAUCUAGGCCUUCAACUUUCAAUAAGGUUGAGGCAACAAUGAUAUGACAUAACAGGGUCUCCUAUCUUACCGCUACAGUUGACAAAACAUUAAGUACACAAUCCUGAUAUGGAGCUCCACCCCCUUUAGCUCUCAGAACAGCCUCAAUUCGUCAGGGCAUGGACUCUACAGUUUGUCCAAAGCUGUCCACAGGGAUGCUGGUCCAUGUUGACUCCCAAUGCUUCCCACAAUUGUGUCAAUUUGUCUGGUCCACCACCCAAAGGACAUCCAAUCUUGAUACACACGUGACAAACUCAGCAGCGUUGCAGUUCUUGACACAAACCGCUGCGUCUGGCACCUGGCACUACCAUAUCCCCGUUCAAAGUCACUUCAAUAUUUUGUCUUGCCUAGUCACCCUCUGAAUGGCACACAUACACAAUCCAUGUCUCAAGGCUUAAAAAUCGUUCUUUAACCCGUCUCCUCCCCUUCAUCUACACUGAUUUGAAGUGGAUUUAACAAGUGACAUCAAUAAGGGAUCAUAGCUUUCACCUGGUCAGUCUCUCAUGGAAAGAGCGGGUGUUCCUAAUGUUUUGUACAUUCAGUGUAUAUAGCCAUACUUUAGUACCUGGACAAUGGCUCUGGUUUGAGAUGAACCAGCUUGCCUUCCAUUCAUUCAACCAUCAAAGGAAUGAUUUGUUCUUCAACAUCACUCCUCGACUUUGCACACUAAAUCUCAUUCAUUUAUUCCACUCAGCCCAAUUUGCUUUUUAUUUAACUUUAUUUAGUAAAAAAAAAAAACGUUUUUUUUUUUUGAGCUCCUGAUGUUAAUCCGUGUUAACUGAGUUGUUGCUAUUUAUUGUGUUGAAUGUAACAUAAAGAUGUAGGUAAUGCAUUUUAGAGGCUUUAGGGUUCGUCACCAAAGGGACCGCAUUACUUACAGGAGUCUAUGACCUGUCAAAGUUCUACUGUACACUAUACCUGAUGUUAGGAGAGACGGACCUGCCCGGUCUCUUUGACCAGAACCGUAUCAUUUUCAAACCAAUUCUAACUGACUAAAGAAGCAAUCAAAUGUAAUAAAACCGAUAAUCGGUUGUAUUGAUCUGCAUGGAGCACAGGGUGAGAGUCUGACCAAUCAGCAUCUUGGCCUUGAAUAGAACCAAACAUGGACACUGUCAAAGAUGUAUCGUUGAGGUAUCUGUCCAUCCAGGUCUAACUCUGUCAGACAAAUAUCAUUACACUUCUGUUGUCAUCUGAUGAAAAUGAAUCUGUUUUCAGCCUAAAGUGUUGCAACGAUGUAUUUUCUGAAGGAAAACUAGUUGCAUGUCCCUGAUCACUCUAUUGAAGCAAAAAAAAAUACUUUCAAUAUAAAACGUGACCCCUGACAAUACACAGCUGGACUCACCUGCUCCUGCUUUCUCCUGUUGUGCUAUUUACAAACAAACACGUGACUGGGUCAGCGGUUCUGGGGAACCAUGGUAACUAUGGUAAGCUGCAGUCUGCUGUAUCUCCUAAUGUAUUGCACAAGUUGACUACAGGUAUUUACUUUUAAAAAAUCUACAAAUAUUAUAAUGUAUUGGAAAAACUUCAAAGAAAUAGUUUCAGAUACGAUAUAUACGGUACACCGCCAAAGCCUAGUUCAGGAGAUGUCUUCAACCACUAAGAGGACAGAGGAAGGUGUAGAGGAGGAGUCAAUUGCACACAAGGUCCAACCAAAAUUUGGCUUUUACCCCAACUCCUCCAAAAGAGACACAGCUUCCAGCUGACUUGCCGCCAGAUAUUUCUGGUAGGUCCGGGAUUCAAACGGGCAACCCUCCGGCUGCUGGCUGGCCUCUAACCUCAAGGGGGAAAUUAUUUCAUGGCGUUUUUAAUUGCACUAUAGUCUAUUAGUCUAAUAAUCAAAUACAUGUUUGUUGUUCAUGUGGACUCAGGCUGUAUCUGACAUGUACACUGGUUCUGAGAUACUAGAGAAGACAAUAUUUGAAGCAAUAAGUAAUUCUGUUUUUAUUGGAGAGAAAUUAAGUGUGCGAUAUGUUGGUUUGUUUUUCAAUUUGAGGGCGUACAUUGUAAUAGCUAAUUUAUCAUCUGAGGAAAUGCUAUUUUAGUGGAUAGUGUUUCAGAUUGGGAUUAUUUUUUAAAGUUGAAGUCAUCUGCACAUCUAGAGGCUGUUGGGCAGCAUGUUAGGGUGAGUAAUCAGUUACUAUCUAUCCUGACUGGCAGCAGGUUAGGGUGAGUAAUCAGUUACUAUCUAUCCUGACUGGCAGCAGGUUAGGGUGAGUAAUCAGUUACUAUCCAUCCUGACUGGCAGCAGGUUAGGGUGAGUAAUCAGUUACUAUCCAUCCUGACUGGCAGCAGGUUAGGGUGAGUAAUCAGUUACUAUCCAUCCUGACUGGCAGCAGGCUAGCAGUAACCUAUCGUAACUGUUAGUAACCUAUAGGUUGUAUAGCAUCAGAUUGGCAGUGUGAUGGAGGAGGACAGGGACAACAAACAGAACUGACUGGAAUCUAAGUUCUAGAAGAUCAUUCUGUAAUAGUUCUAUUGAAGUCUGUUCUACACUUCUCUGUAGAAGGCUAGUUACUAGAGCUCGGUCCGUAUCAUAUAUGAUAUUAUGCACUGCUUUAGGUUUAUGUUUUUAAUGACCAUCGCACCAAACUGGUUAGAGGAUUACAUUAGGUUUGAGAGUUUAACCCUGACCCUAAAUGAGGUUUGAGAGUUUAACCCUGACCCUAAAUGAGGUUUGAGAGUUUAACCCUGACCCUAAAUGAGGUUUGAGAGUUUAACCCUGACCCUAAAUGAGGUUUGAGAGUUUAACCCUGACCCUAAAUGAGGUUUGAGAGUUUAACCCUGACCCUAAAUGAGGUUUGAGAGUUUAACCCUGACCCUAAAUGAGGUUUGAGAGUUUAACCCUGACCCUAAAUGAGGUUUGAGAGUUUAACCCUGACCCUAAAUUAGGUUUGAGAGUUUAACCCUGACCCUAAAUGAGGUUUGAGAGUUUAACCCUGACCCUAAAUGAGGUUUGAGAGUUUAACCCUGACCCUAAAUGAGGUUUGAGAGUUUAACCCUGACCCUAAAUGAGGUUUGAGAGUUUAACCCUGACCCUAAAUGAGGUUUGAGAGUUUAACCCUGACCCUAAAUGAGGUUUGAGAGUUUAACCCUGACCCUAAAUUAGGUUUGUGAGGCAAGACGUUGCAGUAUAAUGACAUUCACUACUUUAAAUGUUUAUGAAAAUAAAUCCAAUGUUCUUAAUAACCUGUGCUUAUAUUGCAGAUAUUGUAUAAUUGUUUAUUUAAUGUUUAUUUAAUCAAACUGAAAAGUUGAAUAACAUUUUGAACAUGAUUCAGAUGACUUGGUAGCGAUAGUUUACUUCAACAUUAGUUCAAAUCAGAGCUUUUUCUGUCAUAAAUCAAAUCUUUAUGUAAAUAAUUAACUUUUACAUAAACUGGCACAAGUGUUGAAUAAACUUUGGUUGAUCCUGAA